CUUUUACCCCUUCCACACCACCAGGAUGUGGCACUCAGUGGCUCUGCUCCUCUCUGGAUUCUCUGCUUUGAUCCACGUAUCAUUGCAGGGCCCUCAUCAGAGGACUCUGCUGAAAAACCUCCUGAAGGACUACAACCACAUGGAGCGACCAGUGGCCAACGACUCCCUACCUCUCAACGUCUCCUUCAGCCUCAGUUUGAUACAGAUCAUGGAUGUGGAUGAGAAGAACCAGGUGUUAACCUCUAAUAUGUGGCUGCAGAUGACUUGGUACGACCACUAUCUCCAGUGGAACCAGAGCGAACAUCCUGGAGUGAAAAAUCUUCGCUUUACCACAGAUCAAAUUUGGACCCCAGACAUCCUCCUCUACAACAGUGCAGAUGAUGACUUUGACUCCACCUUUAAGACCAAUGUUCUGGUAAACUCCAGCGGCUUUGCCAAGUAUCUUCCCCCAGGAAUCUUUAUGAGCACAUGCAAUGUGGAUGUUCGCUGGUUUCCUUUUGACAUUCAGAAAUGUGAGCUGAAAUUUGGCUCUUGGACGUACGACGGCUGGCUGCUGGACCUCCAGAUGGUCGACGCUGACAUCUCCGGCUACAUGCCCAACGGAGAAUGGGACCUAAUAGGAGUUCCUGGAAAGCGGAAUGAGGUCUUCUAUGACUGCUGUAAGGAGCCCUACACGGAUGUGACAUUUGUUAUUACAAUAAGGCGGCGAACGCUUUACUACGCCUUGAACCUUCUCAUCCCAUGUGUGCUGCUCUCUUCUAUGACGUUGCUCAUUUUUGUGCUGCCUGCUGACUCCGGGGAGAAGAUCUCAUUGGGUAUCACCAUCCUGCUGUCUCUCACUGUUUUCAUGCUGCUGGUCGCAGAGAUCAUGCCAGCCACAUCUGACUCCGUCCCUCUCAUAGGUCAGUACUUUGCCAGUAUAAUGAUCAUCGUUGGGAUGUCAGUCAUCGCCACAGUGGUGGUUCUGCAGUAUCAUCAUCACGAUCCGACCGGAGGAAAAAUGCCCAAAUGGGUGCGGCUCGUUUUGCUGCAGUGGGUCGCGUGGUUCCUGCGGAUGAAGCGCCCGGGUGAGAGUGACGACCCAGAGCGGCCACCUUGCGCCCCCCACCUGCGCCGCUGCUCCUCGGGGUCACAGAGCGGAAGCAUCCCUAACCCUCCGGACUCCCUCCACCCGCUGCACCCACAGAACCUGGCUCCCCUCCAAACAGGGCCGCUUCAUGCAGGGCACCCUCACCUCCAGGCUCAGACGAGUGCUAACAACAACGGGAAUCUUCUAUAUAUGGGUUUUCAGAGCAUGGACGACCCCUCGGUGCUCCCGGAGAGCAUCCAGAGAAACAACAUCUCCGCUGGGCCUCUGCGAGUGGCGGGAAGCCCACCUCCACACCUGCCGUCACAAUUUUGCAGCUCCCCUCCACCGCCUACCCCUAAUGUGGAAACUGUAGGAUGUCCCAGCACUGUCUCCAGUGGUGGGGGCUUUGGAGGUGGGGCGGGAGGUCUUGGAGGGUGCUCCACUGUAGGGAUGGGAGACCCCCAGCUCCAGGCCAUCCUGGAGGAGGUGCGUUACAUGGCGGACCGCUUCCGGGAGCAAGAUGAGAACGAAAGCAUGGCGGAGCAGUGGAAAUUUGCAGGCGCUGUGAUUGACCGCCUCUGUCUGGUGGCAUUUAGUGUUUUCAACAUCAUAUGCACCAUCUCAAUCCUCAUGUCUGCUCCCAACUUUGCGGACGCUAUUUCAAAAGACUUUGUCUGAAAACAAAGAAAAAGAAAAAAAAAAAGAGGAGGAGAAGCGUGAAGGAAAGGAUGAAAGAAACUAAAUAUGGGAUAAAAGAUGGAGUGGGCCCCGAUCCAAGGAAACCCAAUUUCCAGUGGACUGUAGGCUCUAUGAUUUGUGAUUGCAAAG